AUCGACCGUCUACCAGUCCCUACAAUCUACCAGUCGGACCUGGACCUGGACUUGUGGUGUUCACUGUUCACUGUUCAUUGUUCUGCUCGUUCAGAUCCAAUUUCCCACCCAAUCAUUUCAUCGUCCACCAGUAUUUGUUAUCCUUUCCCGACCAUCAUCGACCUAUCUUUUCGACUCUUUCUCAACCAGCCUCACUCGCUCCAAACCUCCCACGCGCCCUUCUUCCAUCAUUUCAUCAUCCUCCUCUGCCUCGUACUACCGCUGGGCCUCUACCAACAAAACAAAAUCCACCGACAAAUCCAUCAGCUGAUUAAUUCUCUCUGUCGACACGUCUCUCCCAUCCACUUCAUUGCCUCUUUCAACUACUUAUUCCGCCGUCUUCCAGAAUCUGUCGCACUAUCACCGACAGUCUUCCUUCGCCCCUCCAAAUCAUAAAUCAUGUCCAACCCUUCAUAAUCUCACGUCACCCUCCCGGCCUCUUGUUCUCGAGACCCUUUUGAACCUCCAUCAACCUCUGACUUCCCCUCUCUCAUGAGUACGGCCUUCACUGCCCCGGCGCCUUUGAUGUCAAAAAUGGCCGCUCUUCAGCGGAUGACCCGGAAAUUAUCCGAGGAGCGAGCCUCGCAUUUGGCAAAAGAAGCCGUAGAAUUAUCUCACUCCGGCGACAAAGUGCAAGCGUCUCGAAAAUUGAGAGAGGCCGCCGCUCUUGGCCAUGACAACCCAGAUGUCCAAUCCGCUUUUUUGGCUAUUCACAAUGACCAAAUUGGUUCGCCACUUCGAGAUCUGUGCCGGAGAUAUGCUUUGUACCACAACAACGCCGCUGGAGACGAAGCUGUCAAUUACUUGAAAAGUUCCGACGCCUCUAAUGCCGCUCCCGUCGCUCUUGAAUGCCUGCAGAUAAUUCUGGAAAAUCAAGCAGCAACCCUGUCUUCUGCUCAGGACUUCAUCAUCGCCGAGCUUGCGCGACAGAGUCAGCCUGUACGACAGUAUUUUGCUUCCGAACUGCACGCAUCGACCACCGAAUUCUUUGACAAUGUCUACGAGCGAGGCGACGAUGCGGCCAACUGUCUUCGAUCAGUGGUCCUCGACGACAAACUCUGGUCUUCCGAAGAUGUCCGACUUCGAGUCGAAGAUGAUCUGUUUCAACUCUUCCUUGCCAAGCUGAUGGAGACGGGCCACGAUCAUGACGGCAGAGCUCUCAAAGGCAUUGCCCUCCUGCUCAUGGCUGAUACCCUGCGAUUACACACUUUUAUUGACGAAGAGGCGUUCGAGGCACUCAUGGGCUCUCUGGACCCACGAUUACCUCCUGAGGUUCGAGGCCAAGCCACCCUCGUCCUGUCCAAAUUCUUCGAGGUAGCCGAAACCACUGGUCAGGAUUUCCUUUACAGGUACAUCAGAAAGCAUGUCGAGCGACAAAAAGGCGACGACCUCAUUCUCGCUUUUUCAGCUGGUGCCCAUCUGUUUCCCGUCGUGCCUAGCAUGAUGGCACACCUCUUUUUGACCGAUGGCUUCCUCGUGUCCAUUAUGCCUCUGUUGCGCAGACAGUUCGGCAGUCCUACCGUGCACGAUGCUUUCCUUAUGUUGGUCAACGCGGCCUGCUUGGACGGCGCGUGCCGUGCCGCUAUUGCACAGUACUGUUCGACCUGGCUCGCUCAUAAAGUCAGCAAUGGAACAGGCAAACAGCCCUCAAUGGCAGCUACUAUUCUGGCAAAGUUGAGAACAUCAGGUGCUAAGGCGGGAGAUCAGAGAGCCAACAGGGCGGAUGAAGAUGUCAGUGAACUUGUUGAUCUUUUCAAAUCUACCUUGUCUGUUGAAGAAGGAAGAAAUGUUUCUGACUCGAUUGAAGGCCUUGCGUACACAUCUUUGAAGCCCGAGGUCAAAGAAUCGCUUGCUCAAGAUCGAGCUUUUCUGAAAUCCUUAUUAGAAACCCUCAACGCCAACCAGGAUUCACCGGAAGUGAUUGUUGGCGGACUCAGUAUCAUCUCAAACCUGACUCAAUAUGCCCCCAAUCUAUCGGAGGAACAGAAGAGAAUAUCGCAGCUGAAAGCUUAUGCAAACGCCACGACUCCCUCCGAGCCGAGUCCAUUGGAGAACGAUGACCACGUCAGAGCCCGUUGCUCCGCAGUGGUGGAAGCAGGAGUCGUGGCAACAUUGUCUAAACUUAACAAGGGGAGAUCACCAGCUACAACGCAAUUAACCGAUCGGAUACUCCUUUCGCUAUCAAAAAACCCUAAAGACAGAGGCAGGAUGGCCCAGCAAGGAGCAGUGAAGCUUCUGAUCAUGCAUGCCCUGAGGAACUUGGAGUCGUCUGAGAACAACGCGAGCACCGAGGCGGCGCAAGCUUUGGCCAGACUCCUGAUUUCCCUGAACCCAGCACACGCUUUUGCAGCAGGGUCGACACCAAAUAUCACUGACGCAGUCCCACCUCUUGUGGCCCUCAUCAAGGCCCCACGUGGUCAACCACUCAGUGACCAGCCGAGAGAUCUGCUCGCGGUUUUUGAAAGUCUGCUUGCACUGACGAACCUGGCAUCAGCACCCGAGCCGACAGCUGCAAACGGCAUUAUCAAGUCCGCCUGGGAGGAGGUUGAGGACCUACUCCUAGGGAAUAACAACAUGCUUCGACGAGCGGCCUGCGAAUUGAUCUGCAACUUAACAGUCCAUCCUGCGGCCGCCGAGAAAUUUGCCGACGGCUCUGGUCGGGGAACUCAGCGGCUCCAUCUACUUGUCGCCAUGGCUGACGUCGACGACCUGCCCACAAGAAGAGCAGCCGGUGGAGCGUUGGCCAUGCUGACGGAGCAAUAUUCGUCGGUGGUGUCGACACUUCUAGAGUUCGAACGCACCCCUGAAAUACUAUUGGAGCUUUGUCAUGACGACGACCCGGGCGCCGUGCACAGGGGACUAGUCGUGGUCAGGAACAUGGUGUGUGAGGACGACCCCGCCCUCGCGAAGAAGGCGAGAGUUGCAUUCAAGAGUCACGACGCAGUGGAGGAGCUGAAGACGUGUCUGAAGAAGACCAACGAUCCAACCUUGUUGCAGAUCGGCGUGGAGGCGUUGAAAGUCCUGGUGGAGUGAGCCACGAGCAGUGCGGAAGAAUUUUACAACGGGGUCAUCAUUUUUGAGUCGAGUUCGAGAAACGGCCGCGGUUGCACUUUUUCACGAAAUUAUGAAAACGAGCAUGGAGUAUCAUCAUGCAUGGCUAUGCUAUGACGGUUAGACAAAGUAAUUACGGAGUAUCAUGGCUGCUCUAGACAAACCCCGACGGAUUUCACGCAUUUGCAUUGAUUUUGCAGGUCAACGAACAGCAAAUCGCAUUGCUUCGGCGUUGACUCUGGGAAUUUGGGAUCUUGAUUGGCAAGUCUGCUGGUUGGAGUCUUUGAUAUUUAUGGUUGAUUCGGGGCAUAAAGGGUGUAGAAGGAGCUUACUUUCUAGCCCAAUUGACUGGGGCAAGUCUUGAGUCAUUGAGAUAUCAUAUUUCUAUAUGUAUAUACGUUAUUUU